AUGGCUUCAGUGACUUCGUUAGACAAGGACCUGCGCAAUAUGCGCCUGUCCCGCUAUACCCCGCAGGCAGCCGCGGAGGUACGCGACUGGAUUGAGGAAAUGCUGCAGGAGAAACUGCCAUCGCCAGACUUGCUAGAGGGCCUAAAAAACGGCAUCGCUCUAUGCAAGUUGGUAAAUCUUGCCGUGUCACCUGGCGUGAAGUUUAAGCAGUUAUCAGCGCCGUUUGUACAAAUGGAAAACAUCUCGCAUUUCUUGCGUGCAUGUCAACUGCCGCCGCUGAGCCUGCCCCCACACGACGUCUUUUUGACGGUUGAUCUGUACGAAGCGAAAGAUCCGGCGCAAGUUCUCCAGUGCUUGGCAGCUUUUAGCCGACGAGCGAACGCACUUGCACCUAAUAAAUUCCCACGUACCGUUGGGCCGCAGAGCAAGCGCAGUGUGAUUAGCCCAGAGGCGACAGGGUCGUCGAGCGGAGGGUAUACCCCCCGAUCAGCUCGUUCCUCUAGCAAUGUUGGCGAUUCGGGGCCCCCUCUCCCCGCUCGAACGGGAAGUCCUGCGAAGCCUUCCGGCUCUUAUAGUACUUGGGCCAAGAGAGGAGAUGAACAGGACACUACUCCGGCUUGGAACAUUCACCAGUAUGGCUACAUGGGUGGCGCUAGCCAAGGCAAUCAAGGGAUUGCAUUUGGCGCCCGCCGGCAAAUCACCACUCCCGGGCCUGCCGUUCCUAACCUUGCAGAGAAGGAGAAACGCAGGCGCGAGGAAGAUGAGAGAAUUCGCAACGAAAAUGCAGAGAGAGAAGAGGCAGAACGGGCACGCCGCCAGCAAGAUAUUCAACAAGCGGAGGCCCGGGCCAAGGCAGAAGAAGAACGCCGAUGGGAAGAAGAGACUGCACGUAUAAGGGAACAGGAACGCCUCAAGGUGGAAGCAGAGAAGAAGAAAUGGGACGAUGAAAAGCGCCAAUGGGAAGCGGAGGAGCAACGACGCUUGGCGGAAGAAAAAGAAGCCGAGGAGCGUUUUGAGCAGGAGCGCCAGCAAAGACGGAGCCUCAAUGAUAACCGUCUCAACGGCCAGUUCCUUAGUCAGUACCAGGCCUCCAAUUCUCAGACCAGCGAUGCCUCCGGUGCAUCUAGGUCGGUUGAGGAAACACCGGAAAGCCGCCGGAUCAAGGAGCUCGAGCGAGAGCUACAGUUAGCGAAGGACCGCGAGCGCCAGUAUGAGAAUGAGCGCAUUCAGCCUCGGAAUUCCGGUGAUGAACCUCAGCCUCGUAGUCGGAGUCGUCCCCAGCCCGUACCCCCUAAGCCAAGCUACGAUCUCUCUUCUCUCGAGCAAGAACGGCGACUCCUCCGCACGGAGUGGCAGAAUACCCAAGAUAUGCCAGCUACCUCAGAGGAACCCGAAACCAGCUUUGAGCAAGCCCCGCCUCUGCCUUCUCGACCACUCCCUGAGCCAAACCCAUCUUUUUCUGCGCAGCCGACAGUUUCCAGGGACCUACCCCCAGCGCCACGACCACUCCCCGACCCGGUAGCCUACAACGCUAAUCGGGGCCGGGAAAACCGCGUGAACAAUUUCCUUUCCUCCAAUCCAGCGCCGGCGACCCCAACCCCUGCCACCCACCGAUUCCAAGACUACACAACGACAUCUGAAGUCGACGCAGAGAACAGCCGCCGUGAAGCCUCGCAGCAGAAGACCAAGGCCGGUGGCUGGGCAUCCAAAUCUCUUCUGGAGCGCGAGAUGGAGCGCGAGCGUGCGCGCCAGGAAGAGUGGGAAGAGAAUCAGAAGCAGACAGCUGCCGCGGCUGAGCGUGGUGUCAACGACCCCAAUCAUGGCUCAGGCCCUGGUCAAUCCUGGGAUGUCCACCAGUAUGGCUAUAUGGGUGGUGAUAACCAGAACCGUGGCGGUAUGGGGCUUGGUGUUGGCGGUGCUAGGCGCCAGAUCAUUGGACCUCGACCACCGCCAUAA